AUGUCCAAGGGUGACAGCGAGCAGCAAAACGGCUCCGGCGAGGAGUCCAAGACCAACCUGAUCAUCAACUACCUGCCGCAGAGCAUGACGCAGGAGGAGAUAAGGAGCCUGUUCUCCAGCAUCGGCGAGGUGGAGUCGUGCAAGCUGAUCAGGAACAAGGGGGCCGCGUUCCCGGACGCGCUGAACCACGCGCUGCACGGCGGCGGCCAGAGCCUCGGCUACGCGUUCGUCAACUACCACCGGCCCGAGGACGCAGAGAAGGCGAUCGCGACCCUCAACGGGCUGCGGCUGCAGAACAAGACGAUCAAGGUCUCGUACGCUAGGCCGAGCAGCGAGGCGAUCAAGGGCGCCAACCUCUACGUCUCCGGCCUCCCCAAGACCAUGACGCAGGCGGAGCUCGAGCGGCUAUUCAGCCCGUACGGGCGCAUCAUCACGUCGCGCAUCCUGUGCGAGAACUCCGGCGGCAGGCCGUUCACCGGCGGCGAGCAGGGCCUGUCCAAGGGCGUCGGCUUCAUACGCUUCGACCAACGGGUGGAGGCGGAGCGCGCGAUACAGGAGCUGAACGGGACCGUGCCCAAAGGCGCCUCCGAGCCGAUCACCGUCAAGUUCGCCAACAACCCCAGCAACAACGGCAAGGCGCUGGCGCCGCUGGCUGCAUACCUGCCGGCCGCGCUGCGCUUCCCGGCGCCCCUGGGCCGCUUCAGCUCAGGCAAGUCCCUCCUAGCGAUCAACAAGGGGCUGCAGCGCUACAGCCCCCUCGCCGGCGAGCUGCUGGGCGGCGUGCUGCCGAGCGCCGUCGGCUCCGAAUGGUGCAUCUUCGUGUACAACCUCGCCCCCGAGACGGAGGAGAACGUCCUCUGGCAGCUGUUCGGCCCGUUCGGCGCGGUCCAGAGCGUGAAAGUGAUCCGCGACCUGCAGACCAACAAGUGCAAGGGCUACGGCUUCAUCACGAUGACCAACUACGACGAGGCGGUGGUCGCGAUCCAGUCCCUGAACGGGUACACCCUCGGCAACAGGGUGCUGCAGGUCAGCUUCAAGACCAACAAGAUAAAGACGAUC